CAGGCCUGCCUGGUCGGGUCAGCGGUGCCCCGGAGGUCAGCGGUGGGGAAGGUGACCUGGGAAGAUGGUGACUGUAGUGACGAAGCUGGUGCACUACCUGCACCUGAGCCGUCGGUCUGGCCAGUAUACAAUGAACCAUGACCAUUCCAAGACCCCUGAUGGAGCAUCAUUUGACCGCUCAGGAUCCCAGGACUCCUUGGAUGAAUUGUCUAUGGAUGACUACUGGAAAGAACUUGAAAACAUCCAUGAAACCAGAGGAAAUAAUCAUGAAGAACGAGUAGCACUUGUAGUGAAAGAGCCAGAUGAGGGAGAACUGGAAGAAGAAUGGCUGAAGGAAGCAGGUCUUUCAAAUCUGUUUGGUGAGAGCUCUGGCGACUCCCUGGAAAGCGUGGUGUUUCUGUCCACACUGACCCGAACCCAGAGGGCAGCGGUAGAAAAGCGAGUAGAAACUGUCACACAAACCAUGAGGAAAAAAAACAAACAUCACCAGAUUCCUGAUGUCAGAGAUAUCUUCAGGCUCCAGGAUGACUCAAAGGGAAAAGUGUGUGAUGGAAAUGAACCCUCAACCAUGAGAACAAGUGAAACCAAAAAUGAAAUGCAAGAUGGAACAAAAGGUCCAAAGUUCAGUCUUGGAACUGAUGAGCAGAAGAGCCCGCUUGAAGACAUGCCAUCUUCGGACACUGACAUCAAUUUGGAGAUAUCUUUUUCAGAACAGGCAGCUAAUUUCAAAGACAGCUCAGUAGGCAAAAUGUGCAAGGGUGGAGGGGGUGACACUCUUCUCCCAAAUUUCAGGGUGCCGAAGGAUAAAACAGGUACCACAAAGAUUGGUGACCUGGCCCCUCAGGACAUGAAGAAAGUCUAUUCUUUAGCGCUGAUUGAAUUAACUGCUCUCUAUGACAUACUUGGGACAGAAUUCAAGCAGCAAAAAGCUGUAAAAAUUAAAACCAAAGACUGUGGCUUGUUUGGUGUCCCACUGUCAGUUUUACUGGAACAGGAUCAGAGGAAGGUACCAGGAACCAAGAUCCCACUGAUUUUUCAAAAGUUGAUUGCCCAGAUAGAAGAGGCAACUCUGGAAACCGAAGGACUUCUUAGAAUACCAGGAGUUGCAACAAGAAUAAAGAGUCUAUGCCAAGAACUGGAAGCAAAAUUUUAUGAAGGGACUUUCAACUGGGAAAAUGUAAAGCAGCAUGAUGCAGCAAGUCUUUUAAAACUCUUCAUCCGUGAACUGCCUCAGCCACUCCUCACUGUAGAAUAUCUCAAAGCUUUCCAAGAUGUACAGAAACUUCCAACGAAGAAACAGCAACUGCAAGCUCUGAAUCUUUUGGUUCUCCUUCUACCUGAAGCAAACAGAGACACUCUGAAGUUACUACUUGAAUUCCUUCAAAGGGUAAUUGAUCAUCGAGAGAAAAAUAAAAUGACAUUAAAGAAUGUUGCGAUGGUGAUGGCCCCAAACCUUUUCACGUUUCACGGAUUUAGCUCAAAGACGAUUGAGCAAAGCGAGUUUGUUAUGGCAGCCGGAACAGCAAAUGUCAUGCGCUUUAUGAUUCAAUACCAAAAACUUCUCUGGACAAUUCCUAAGUUUAUUGUUAACCAAGUGAGGAAACAAAACACUGAAAGCCAGAAGAAGGAGAAAAAGGACAAAGCUAUGAAGAAGCUUCUGAAAAAGAUGGCAUAUGACCGGGAAAAGCAUGAGAAACAGGAAAAGACCCCUAAUGAUGCUGAUGUUCCUCAGGGAGUGAUACGGGUGCAAGCACCUCAUCUUUCGAAAGUUUCCAUGGCAAUACAGCUGACAGAAGAACUGAAAGCUGGUGAUAUAGUAGCCAGGUUUCUCAGCCAGAAAAGUGGAAAUGUCCAAACACUCAGGAAAGAAGAGGUGUUUCUUUAUGAAAUAGGAGGAAAUAUUGGAGAACGCUGCCUUGAUGAUGAUACCUACAUGAAGGACCUAUACCAGCUUAACCCAAAUGCUGAGUGGGUUAUAAAAUCUAAGCAGAGCUAAGCUCGCAACUGCUGGUAAAAGAACAACCUGUGGACUUACUUUGUAUGGCUGAAUGUUUCAAAGGGAUAGUGUGUCCUUGCAACAUUCAACUAUCCUGUGGAAAAAAAACCUGACAGAAACCCAACUGUGAUUACCAGUAAAUUUUCAGGUUUACUUGCAGAAAAAUUUUGGAGAUAGCAGUUUCCCCACUCAUGUUUGAAAUGAAAAGUACCUUAAAUAUUUUAAUGGCACUCAUUUACCUCCCAUCUGGAAGGUCUUGUAUCAGAAGAAUUAAUUUUUAAAACAGAUGUUUAUCCUCUUUAUAUUAGAGAUCUACAAUCUUUUUGUGUAGAAUUGUGUGUUCAUAUAGGUUUUUACAGUGCUAAUGCACUAGAGAACCAAAUCCUGCUCAGCACUUCUGAAUGGUACAGUAUUAAAAAUACCUAAAUCCAGUCAUAUGAAUUUCCGAAGUGUGAAAUUCACAAGAAAAAAACUGCAAUGCAAUGUAUUUUGUCUUUGGAAGUCCUAAUUUUAUUCAUUCUCUAGGUAAAGUUUGAUAAAAACUAUUUCAAAACAACUGUGAAAAUGCUUUCAAUGCAGCUUUUUUUGCUAGAUCUUUUGAAUAUUUUUUAAAAUUCUUAUUCCAUUUGAUUGUAUUCUUGAGGUUAUUUAUAAAAGGACCAUGUGACAAGGUGAGUCAUUUUUAAAGCUCGCCAUUCUUGGCAGUGUCCUUUUUGGAAUAUUGUCAUGUGCUAGAAAGACCUUGAGGUUUUCCAGCAAUGAUAUGCAGCUAUGCUAUAUACACUGAUUUCAGGUUUUUUGGACAUCUGCUUGAUUGCAUUUUAUGACCUGCCAAAACCUGCCAAUUACUAGCACAAUAAAAACUUUUGGGAAGAAUAAAAUAACUGUGCAGGGAAACUGUAGUCAGAAUUUCAUAGGUAGCAAACCACCAAACCUUUCACUCAAAAUCUGGUAAAGGUCUACUGUGUAAUCAAGUAAAGGUCUACUGUGGAGUUCACAUAAGGCUUUUUGGAUGUUAUCUACCAUCAGCUUUAUGUCUCAUCUAUCCAGGAUGAGCUUAGAAAUCAAGCUCUGAUUUGUCUGAUGCUGAUAGAUGCUCUCUAAACCACUUUAAAAGUGAGUAAUCCAACAGCGAACUAUUGCAAAUUCUUCUCUUUGCAGAGGAGGGCUGAAAGCUCCCCAUGAAAUUCACUGAUAAUGAAUUUGAGGACUGAUGUGGCUUGUUGCAGCACAAAGACCUGUUGACUGUAGCUCCAGAGCCCCAGUCCCACAACAACACUGGGUUCAGUAGCUUGUGUACUGUUUUACAACUUAUUUGUAAACUAACUCAGCUGUGCUUAAGUGCUCACAGCUGUGCGCAGACUACCUGAAAUAACUACUGUGAAAUUAUAUCCUUGGAAUGAAAUAUUUUCUUUCAGUGCGCACACAGAAUUAUAUUGACCUCAUAGGGAAUAUUCUAGAUACAAUCGAGGACUGAAUUGCUUUUUUUGUUUGUUUGUUUUUAAUGUGAUCAAAGCUGAUUAAAGGAAUAAAGGGCCUUUCUGCUGAGCUUUGGACACAGGCCCUGACUGUGUUGUUCCCAAAGUAACCACUGGAACUCUCCCUUUUAUAUAUAAGCAGUAAAACAGAACUCUGAAAGGUCAUAGAAAAAUUAAACAUCUUCUAUUAGUUAUCCAUAGCAUAUGAACAAUUUGGGGGGCAUAGGUAUUUAUUGCUUUUUUAAGUCAGAGGCUGUCUUCAUAUGGAAAAGUGUGGUAGGAUUCUCAAAAGCAGGAUGAGUAAAAUAGGAAUUUGGUCUAAUGGAACUGUAUUGCCAUCAAUGCUCCAUCUAGUUGUGUACCCCAAUGUGGUGUUAGCACAAUAUGUCCCACUGUGGGUGACCCCUGCAGUACAAAUCACUUUUGUCAGUAGAACAAACCACACUCCCUGUUCUUUACGUGUAAGGAGUAGAAAACCAGUACAAUGUUUAGGAAAAUAUUUAUGGAUCUAAUGUAAUCUUAAGUUUUUUUGUCAUGUAAUACAAAAAUUAUGUGUGUUUUCAUAAUACAUUAUAGUUCUGUAAAAGAUUACUUGUUACUGGAACUCUAGAUGUUAUUUUAAUCAGGAGCAAAGCGCAGAUGAUAGGAACAGCUGUACAGUUUCAGUAUGAAAUUACAACCAUCCUGUGGCUAUGAUCUCUUAAAUAACUUUGUUUCUGGUUUAGUGCCAUUAUCUUUUUUAAUUUAAAAAGCUCUUUUAUAAUUAAAUGUUGUUUUUUUCUGA